AUGAAAUCCCAGUUGAAUGUGAAUUCGAAAUAUAAGUUGCACUCCGGUUAUGAGAUGCCAGUCAUUGGAUAUGGGGUGAGUUCCCCCCCGCCUCGUCAUAUCGACAGGAACACUUUCAGCCCGGCAGCCAUUGCAGAAGGGGUCACAUUAGAGGCAUUAGGAGCGGGUUACCGCCUUGUGGAUUCCGCGGUUUCAUAUCGGAACGAAAGAGCGUGCAGUUUCGCCAUCAAGCGGUCUGGAGUUCCUCGAUCAGAAGUAUUCUUUACCACUAAGAUCCCGCCUAAUCUUAUGGGCUAUGAGAAAACUUUGCAAGCAGUAGAGACUAGUCUGAAAGAAACAGAGCAGGAAUACUUCGACCUGAUUCUACUCCACGCCCCCUUUGGCGGUAGAGAAGCGCGACUUGGUUCCUGGAAAGCUCUAAUUGAGUGCCAGAAAGCCGGAAAAAUACGGUCCAUCGGUGUUUCGAACUUUAACAUCCAUCAUCUGACCGAGUUGGAGGAGCAUAUCAACAGCGGUAUCGGCGGCAAGAUUGAUGUCGCCCAAUAUGAGCUUCAUCCAUGGCUGGCGCGACUUGAUAUCGUGGAAUGGCUUCAGAAGCGCGGCGUUGUCAUACAAGCCAACUCGCCUCUAGCCAGUGGUACCAAAGUCAACGACCUUCUGCUCGCCCCGUUGGCAGAGAAGUACUGCAAGACCGGGGCUCAGAUUUUGAUCAGAUGGAGUUUGCAGAUGGGAUUCGUUCCGCUUCCCAAGACAGUAACGUCGACGCGUAUCAAGGAAAACGCGAAUGUGUUCGACUUUGAAAUCUCUCCCGAGGAUAUGCAUACUCUCGAAACGGGCGAAUACGUGCCAUCGACAUGGGAUCCUACUGUCGAUAAGAGUUGA